CGGUCGGAAGAAUGACGUCAGGGUGGUGGAUGGCGAGCAUUCGUAAAGGAAAAGGCUACGGCUAGGAGGUCUGGAAGAAGAAAGGGCUGUUGGAGGGAAAAGAAAGGAAGAGAAGAGAAGAGAAGAGAAGAGAGGAGAGACCGCGAUGGGUUCUGGCAUGCGUGCAACGUGAGGGGGCUGGUGCAUAGAAGCCAAGCCGAGCCGAGUCGAACCGAGCUGUACCGGGAGGGAGAGAGGCGAUAUCUUGGUCGAACAGACAGGCGGGCAGGCUGGCUGGCAGGCAGGGGCAGGAGCGGAGUGCGAGUGAACGAGCGAGGACGGCCGUCCGCUCGCCUUUCGUCGGCGUUUCGUGUGGGUGCGUGGCGAGUGCGUGCUCACGGGUAGGUACUUUCGAUUUCCAGCGAUUGGCGAGCCUUUCCUUCGCCGGCCACGACGCUGCACCAGGAAGCGGACACGAUAGUUAACCAUGGAGUGAAAUAGUACGUACACCGUACGGCCGAGAGUUACUGUGUUCAGUCCUGUCAGUUCUGUGCGCGGUGUGCAUGUGCGGUGAAUGCGUGUACACACGUUCCUCGCGGAACAGGUGCCUUUCUCGAUUCCGUUCGAUUAUUCUUCUCGUUCCACUUGUCUCCAGUCCCGAAGCCUAUAUCGAUCCGCUGACCAACGACCGAUCUCCCCAUCACGUUACGAAUCUCUAUAACGAUAGUUGAACGAACAGACAGACAUUCUGGUAGAUCCACCAGCAGAAAGAAUGAAAUAAACGUGUCCUCUUCUGUCAAGAUUACCGAUCGGUUGGCAGCUGUUCGUAUCCGCGGUCACGGGAAAAAUUCUCGUGCUCUCGCGCAAUGGAAACCGUCCGUUGUAUCUGAAAAGAAAGACCAAGGACCAGUAUCGACGGAGUCAGAGCGACAGAACGAGCGAGAGGGGGAGCGUUUGUUACUUGUGGAGAAUCAGCCGCGCGUUUGCGAACGCGCCCAUCGCGCGUCCAAUAUGGCUACCGCCAGCAACGCGACGACUAGCGCCGGUGAAUCGGGCGGCAACAAUGCUGUGCCACAGUGGAAAAGAGAUUUGAUUCAACGGCGUCGGCAACAAAGUAAAGUUUUCGCGAACAACGGGGCCAGCGUGAAAUUAUACUCGGCGGUGACCGGUUCGUCUGCGGCGACGGAGUCCAUUGAUCCGUCCUUCGGUCAAGAGCAGUGCACUGCCGGCAACGUAUCGUUAAGAUCGCGCACGAUCGUCGGAGAUGAGAACGCUGUCAACAACAGUGUCGCCGCGAAUAACCCGUCUGCUAACGUUAGUAGUGGUGGUGGUAUAGCUAGUGGUGGUGGUGGUAGUGGUAGUGGUAGUGGUAAUGGUGGAAGCGCCAUAGCCGGUGUCGUUGUAUCGUCUUUUCCGUUUCUCUCUAGAGGAGCAGGCAGCGGCGCCACCGUCGCCAGCGGAACGAUCGCCGCCAACAAUCAAGCUCCGGCAGUCGCGUGCAACAUGCGUCUCGAGGCGGAUCUGUCGCUCUGCUCCGAUUCGGAGGAUGUCGCCGCGAACGGUACACUGAACAAGUCGUUAACGGAUACGGAACGGAAAUCGGAACACGGUGACGGCUCCGAGAACGAGGAUUCGAAGAGAACUACGGAACAAACGUUGAACACCAGUUGCGAGGAGCAUCGGAUUGGAUCCAUCUGUAGGACCACCAACAACAACAACAGCAAACCAGAGAGGGACGUUCUUGCGGAGUUGUCACGAACCAAAGCGGAAAUGGCGAGGAACAGAGCAGUGAACGACGACGGAGAAAGCGACAGCUCGGAGGAACUCCAGUAUGGACCGGGGAUCGUGAACAGAUUAAAGAGCAAGUACCUUAACCUCACUCUCAGAGAAAUGAAUAAAAGUCGCGUGACGGUGCAGCGUUUCCGGCGCGCUGCCAGUCUCGAGGACCUACUCGACUGCGACGACGAGCCCAGCGAAAAAAGCGUGAGAAAGUACACGAAAAGAACGACCACCGGUGCCAAUGCGAAAAUGGACAGAUACAGGAACGCGUCGCGAGGAAACGAAUCGAUGAAACGAGCGAGAAGCGUGGAAACUCUGAUGAGGUACAAUGGGACCGAGGAUACGAGCAAUGGCCACGGGCGCGUAACGACCAACGGUUUGAAACAGGAACCGGUAAACGAUCACAUUAUUCUGAUAGACCGAACGUCGGUGAAGAUUGAAUGUCGGCUGAGCGAGCUGGACAGGCCGAAACCCGUGAACAAGCCGAAGAGGAUUAAACCGUUGCUGGCGGAAACCGAGAGACCACCGCCAGAUCUAGUCAAGACCACCAUGAGGAUCUUCGAGGGAUCGGCGAAGAAGCUGAGACCAAAAGGCGAAGUUGCCGCAAAGGUGGCCACCUUCAAAACCAUCAACGAUACCUUCAAGACACAAACGCAAAAGAAGGUCGUGUCGAAACCGCCGGUUCAACCUAAACCUUUCGUUAAUGGUAAUUCCAGACCGAUCCCCGGGUCACCAAAGAAGAUCGUUUUGCCUCAGAAGCCUACCGCCGAGCUGAUCGAGACCCAGGAAGGCCAAACGGAGUAUCACAUAGACGGGGUGAUCACGGACCCCAUCGUACAAUCCGUGUCCUCGGUGGUCAGCAAGUUCCAACAGAUUGAAAAGUCGCACUCUCCGUCACCAUCGCCCGAGCCAUCCUUCAAGCUGAAGUUUUCUCCGGCGGCCAGCCCGGAACCUCAACAGAGCAAAUUGAAAUCAUCCCUAGAGAUCAGCGUGAAAUCUCCGCCUGUGACCCCCAUUUUAUCUCCGAGGGUUUUAUCGCCAAGACUACAAAGUCCGUCCUCUCCAAUGAAGGAUACGUUGAGGCAAUGUUUACCACGCGUGCACAGUCCACCAUCCCCGAUAAAGGAUUCACCGAAACAGAAUUCCAGUCCUGUUCACAAGUCCCCGCCGAGUCCCAGCAGGGAGUUGCUCAGACAAGUGUCCGCGUCGGAAUCCGUGAAGGUCCCGCGACCGCAGACGGAGGAAAUGUUGGUGAACAACAGCGCGGAACACCCGAGGCAACAGAUUCCGGAGAGAAUACAGAGUCCCACGGACAAAGAAGAAAAACCAGAGGAGCCCAAGUUAUCGAUCGAAGACACGGUGCCCAGCGACGAGGAUGCCGUGGAAGAGGUCGACGCGCCAAAGACCAUUUCGAAAACAGCGCUGGAGAACAUCGCACGAACCGGUGUAACGAUGCAGUUUAACUUCAAUGAUAAAUCGAGCACGAAUAAGAGUUACCUACCGGGAUACAAACAAAAUGGGCAGAAUUCUGCGGACGAGCAGGCCGAUGAUCGAAACGAGAAGUCGUCGGAAUCCAGGAGCAAGACGUUUUUAUCCGAGAACGUUUCCGUGCACGCUGCAACGGACCAGGAGGUGGCCUCUAGGCUGCUGGAGAGGCUAGAACCGGAUAGGUGCGAUAGAAAGAUCGAGGACAAUAAGGAGGACGUCGCCGACCCAAAGGGAAAUGUCGAUAGCAAGCCGAUCGGAGCUAUCUGUAGCCUUGGUCUGAUCAAAACCACCACUACCACUUCCUAUCCUCAAGGCAGCGAGGCGAAAACGAUAAGAUGCCAAAAGACAACCGAGUCACCACCUCAGAAGCAAAUUGGAAUUAUCAGACCUCUGGUAUCCACCAAGACGCAGCAUCCGCAACAGAGCCUGAGCAACCGAGAACUGGAGAAGAAUCUGAUCAAUCGAGUGAAGAGCAUAGAGCAACCGACCAAGGUUGUGGUCAGCUUAAAGAGCGCCGACGAGAUUCAACCCGCGAAAAAGUCUGGAUCUGGGAGCGGCGGACUAUGGGAAUCGAAGCCUUGGAAUCAGCAGAACAACACCAUGGUGUUCAAUUUCAGUAACCGGAAGGACGUGCCCGAUUAUAUAGAAAACGACGGACUCAUCAUUAAGAGGAAGCGAGAGAAACCGAAGGUCGGUGACGGCGGCAUCAUAGUAUUGGAUGCCACAUUGGACGCGUCGACGACCGACGACGCCGAGUGGGAGCUUACCGGUGGUCCACCCUCGCCGUGCGACGUGUCGUUCUUCAACGACAACGUUCUCAUCAAUGGACGCAGCAACCUUUCGAGGACACCGCGAAAUCAUAAGCACCGAAUACAAUUCGACGACACGGCUACUCGUACCUUCGAAUAUCCCAGCGAGGCAUCGAUGCUCGAGGGUGAGAGCAGCGUGGAUGGCGAAACUUCCGGUUCCGUCGAGCAAUCAGCUUCGAUCAGCAAUAAAACGUCCCCGAUGAAUUCGACGACAAGCAUGCCGACCCUUCUCGGUGGUGGUGGCUUAGCCAGUUACACGCCUAGCAAAGUGGAUUUGGCGUCCGAAGGCUUCGAGCUGGGCGUGACCAGGGCCGUAUAUUCGACAUCGACGCCGACCUCGACCUCGUCACCGUUAGCGUCACCCUUGCCAUCGCCAUCGCCAUCGCCGUCACCGUCGACGCCGGGCCAACCAGAGAACGAGACCGGCGAGAUCGACUAUCUGAAACCAGCCCAAGACGCUGCAGCAUGGGGCUCCGAAACAACCGGUGAUCUUCUCUACUGACGCGGCCAUACACCAGAGGGGAGGAGGCGCUUAGCCGGAAACUCGCUAGAAGCUCAAAGCACGGCUCUCUUCCGGGAGAGCCUGGAAUCCCGAAGUUCCGUGAACUGAUGAAAAGACUAACUGAAAAAAAAGUAUUUUAUCGUCAUUGUUUUCGUAAACACGAAAGAACACGCUUUCCACCGAUAACAGCCAAACCCCUAAAGUGACCACCGCCGAAUAUUAAGGGGGUUUCUACGUUCAGCCGCGAGUGACGCGACGAAUGCUCAUCUCUAUGAAUAAGUAAUCAUGAUCUUUCGAAGAAACGCUUCAUCACGCGGCGCGUUCACCAACGAGCAACGCCUUACGGUUACGGUACGCGGAGUACGGUUCACCAAGGCGCAUGGAAGAAUGAAAAGCGCCAGAAGCUUCGUUCGCGAACGCGUCGAGAAAGAGGCCACGUUUUUCAUAGGCAAUUAAGCGAAGACAGAAAAGAAUAACAGUAUCAUUCCAAGUAUAUGCAUUUAUUUUGUAUUACACUACGAUAACGAAGUGAACAGACUUUCCUAAUUAACGAGCAAUUAAAACUGCCAAGGUACGUCAGUGCUUUUCUUUCUUCUUUAUGUUUUUUUUCGUUUCUUUAAACUAUUAAGCACUUUACACGGAGAGCCCAGUGAUCGGUGAACGUUUACAUAGGGCGAACGGAUGAUUAAACGAAACAAGGGGAAGAACGAUAAAUCAUAUCACACUUAUGGCACAUUUUAUAACGAACGGAGGGAUGUCGACGAUGGAACUGAACGCUUGUUUGUAACCUUUUUGAGAUUACUUUAAUGUUAAGCCGUUUACACGUUCGAUCUGCCAGUCGAAGGCCAGGAUUUUAUGCGAGAUUUUAUAGAGAAAUAAACAAGAAAAGUGGAACAAUCGAGUAUAAGAAAAAAAAAAUUGAUGGAAGAAAAUAAGAAGAGGAAACGGAAAACACUCGAGUAUAGAUUUGUAAAAGUUUUUGCCAAAGUAGAACGUAAGUCUACUUAAUAUACUUAAUGUACGUGUACGAUAAGUCGAAGUUUCAGUC